UAAAAGGACUUUGGGUAGACUCCUUGUUCACUGUCACUCUACUCUCUCUAUCUUCUCGCUCUUAAUUUCUCUCGCUAGAAGUGCGAAAGCAGUUAAAAUGUGUACUCCUUAAAGAAUUCCAAAUAAAGAUCGCGAAAAAUUUGAAUAAAAGGUUGGGAAAUUUCUGAGAGACUAAAAUGGUUUCGGCGAAGGGUAAGGAGAAGGUAAUUGACGGCUCUGGAAAGGGGAAGAGGAAGUUGAGUAGCGGCGGCGACGAUGACAAGACAGGGCGGAAGCGGAAGAACCGCGGCGUGCUUCAGUUCUUCGAGGACGCGGCGUACCAGGUGGACGAGGACGAAGAUUCCAGCGACGAUUCCAUGUUCGAUGAUGAUUUUUUUGAAGAUGAAAUCGGCUCCGAGCACGAAGUCAAUAAUGAACAAGGAAAAGUCCCUGACCUUCCUUUUAUUCCCAAAGAGGAGGAGAUGAGUGAGGAAGAGCUUGAGAGAAUGUUUGAAGAGAGAUACAAACCUGGAGCUGGUUUUGUUACGUAUGCAGAAGAUGGUUACGAGCACAAGAAAUCUGUUGACAGAGGCAUAUAUGUGCCCUCUGCCAAGGAUUCAAAAAUCUGGAAAGUCAAAUGCAUGGUUGGACGUGAGAGGUACUCGGCUUUCUGUCUCAUGCAAAAAUAUGUGGACUUGGAAUAUUUGGGAACUAAGCUGCAGAUAAUAUCUGCAUGUGCACUUGAUCAUGUAAAGGGUUUCAUCAUUAUUGAAGCUGAGAAGCAAAAUGAUAUCUAUGAGGCAUGCAAAGGGCUUUCCACCAUAUAUUCAAGUAGAGUGGCAGCUGUUCCAAGUAAUGAAAUCUCUCGUUUACUAUCAAUCAGGAGCAAGUCAAGUGGUAUAUCUGAGGGCAUGUGGGUCCGUGUGAAGAAUGGGAAGUACAAAGGUGAUCUUGCACAGGUUGUAGCAGUUAAUGAUGUCCGGAAGAAAGUCACUGUGAAAUUGGUUCCAAGGAUAGAUUUGAAAGCAAUGGCUGACAAAUUUGGUGGAGGAGUUAGUACUAAGAGGAAUGCCAUCCCUGCACAGAGACUGAUCAGCUCUAGCGAGCUUGAGGAGUUCCGUCCUCUUAUCCAAUUUCGCCGAGACCGUGAAACUAACCAAAUGUUUGAGAUUCUUGAUGGGAUGAUGCUGAAGGAUGGUUAUUUGUACAAAAAAGUAUCCAUUGACUCCUUGAGCUUGUGGGGUGUAAUGCCUACUGAAGAUGAACUCUUGAAGUUUGAGCCUUCAAAGAAGGAUGAAUCUACUGAUGUUCAUUGGCUUUCCCAACUUUUUGGUGAAAAAAAGAAAAAGGAAGUUGAAACUGUUAAGCAGGAUAAAGGGAAUGGGAAAUCAGAGGGCUCCUCUAGUGCUAGCGCGGGGAAUAAUUUUGAAGUGCAUGAUCUAGUAUUUUUCGGUCGAAAGGAUUUUGGUGUUGUUAUUGGUUCAGAGAAGGAUGAUAGUGUCAAGGUCAUGAAAGAAGGCACAGAAGGACCAUCAGUGGUUACUGUUAAACAAAAUGAACUGAAAAGUGCAUCUUUUGAUAAGAAAUUGUUCACGGUGUUGGAUCAGCACUCAAAUACCUUAUCAGUCAAUGACCAUGUCCGGGUUAUGGAUGGUCCACUGAAGGAAAGACAAGGAAUUGUUAAAAAAAUCUACAAAGGGAUACUGUUUUUAUGUGAUGAAAGCGAACAGGAGAAUAAUGGUUAUAUAUGCGUCAAAGCCCAACUGUGCGAGAAAGUCAAUCUUACUGGUGAUGCAUCCAAUGAGAAGUGUGGUGAGCCAGGGCCAUCGGGUUUUGCAGAUUUAUCGUCAUCGCCAAAAUCACCUUUAUCUCCUGACAAGUCUUGGAAAGAGAGGGAUAAUAAAAGCAACUUUACACAUGACGAUAAUGGGAUGUUCUCUGUUGGCCAGUCAUUAAGAAUCUGUGUUGGCCCCUUAAAGGGUUACCUUUGUCGAGUGUUGGCUGUUCGUCGUUCUGAUGUCACUGUGAAGCUGGAUUCUCAGCAGAAGAUUCUUACUGUGAAAUCUGAGCAUUUGUCUGAAGUUCGUGGAAAGAAUGCUUUCGCUCAGAGUGAGGAAUCUGGGUCUGUAAAACCAUUUGAUUUUCUUGGAUCACAGGAUGGUGCAAGAGACUGGAUGGAUGGGGCAGUAUUGUCAACAGAGGGUGAUAAAUGGAAUGCAGGUGUAUCUACAGAAAGGACUUCUUGGUCUUCGUUUCCUUCAUCAAGCUUCUCGCUUCCAAAGGAAUCUGAUUCUGGUGAUCCUGUGGAUGAUGAUGCUAAGAAAGGAGCAGGAGAUUCUUCUUGGCAAAUAAAAGCGACUCCAGAUCAGAAUUCAUCAUGGGGUGCAGCUGCAGCCAGCCAAAAUAUGGUUUCUGAGAUUGGGCAACUUAGUGGCUGGGGAACCAGUGAUGGAUGGGGCAAACCAAUUGAGACUCAACAGAACAAUUCUGGUGAUACACAAAAAGAUGAUUCUUGGGGCAGAGCUGCUGAAAAGUGGAGUGCUGGUGGUGAUACUUCUGGAAGCAAAGCAGCCUGGGGCCAAUCUGGAGUGUCAUCAGGGAAACAGACUGGUGGUUGGGCUAAUGCAGGUGGAGAUCUUGAUCAACCGGAAGCAAGCACCUGGAAGAAUGACUCUGUUGCAUCAAGUAAAUCAAAAGGAGGCACCUGGCAGGGCACUGCUGUUGCGGACCAAACUCAGAGGGAAAACUGGGGUAACAAGAAAAAUGAUGGCGGUUCAGAAGGUUGGGGAAAGCGUGUGACUACUUGGGGCAAAGGAACGGAGUCCCAAUUAAAAGGCACUGAUGAGAAUGAAAGUGGGAAAUGGGGUAAUGCAGGUGGUGCCUUGUCUCAAGUGGAUGUGGAAGCAGGUGGCUGGACAAAGUCUGCUGAUACGCAUGAUAGUCAGACUAAAAACUGGGAUGCUAAAAGUGCCGGUCAAGAUGCAACUGGUAGUGGCCAGACUGACAGUUGGAGUAAACUAAAGUCUGUGGAAGCUGACUGUGGACCUUCAUGGAAGAAGCAGGAUGGUAAAUCUUGGGGGAAACCGGAUGGUGGAUCAUCUUGGGGAGGUGAGUCAUCAUGGAAUACAUCAGCUUGUAAGUCUGCUUGGGGUAAACAACCUGAUGCGGGUGGAGAUGACAAGCUGAAAGGUUGGAAGGAUCAGAAUGACCAUUCUGGGAACACUGAUGGCCCAGGGGGGGAUCAAGGAUUUGGUGGCUGGAAGAAAGGUGGGAUGGGAAACAGAGAUAAUGUAUACCAAGAAGUGGGUUGGGGUAGGUCUAGACCAUUUGAUUCAGGCCGUGGUUCGGGCGGGAGAAGAGGAAGAGGAGAGGGCCGAGGAGGAAGGGGUCAUUAUGGUAAGGGAAGAUCUUUUGAUCAGGGGCAAUCAACUAGUUGGAACAAGGAAGAUCAGUAUAGCGGUCCAGGUGAUGCUAGGAAAAAUUCAAGUUGGGGUAGUGAUCAAGCAGGUGGUUGGGGCGAUUCUAUGGCCAAUGAGGGUGGCAAGAAAAAUGAUGCUUGGGGUAAAGCAAAUGCUUCUGGCAAGGAAGAGAAAUCGACAUGGAACCAAGGAUGUGAUGCGAAUAAAGAUGAUGAUACAGGGCAUGGUUGGGGUAAUGCAAAUCCUAACUGGGGUAGUAAGUCUGGUGGUUGGAACAUUUCGAAAGGUGCAGACAGUAGCAAUUCAUCUGGUUGGGGUAAAUCAUCAACUACAAAUGAACAAGCUAGUGCAGGUAGUAAUGGCCAGGAUAGUUGGGACAAGGAAAAGAAGUCAAAUGAAGGUAAUAAGUCUUCCUGGAAUGCUGCAACCACUUCCUUGGAUGGGAACCAAUCGUCUGAUUGGAGCAAAGGAGGCAACUGGGGCAGUUUGAAAGCUUCUGAGGAGGAAAGUAAGUCUGGUGGUUGGAACACUUCGAAAGGCGCGAACAGUAGCAAUUCAUCUGGUUGGGGUAAAUCAACUGCAAAUGAACAAGCUGGUGCAGCUAGUAAUAAUAGCCAGGAUAGUUGGGACAAAGAAAAGAAGCUAAAUGAAGAUAACAAGUCUUCCUGGAAUGCUGCAACCACUUCCUUGGAUGGGAACCAGUCUGAUUGGAGCAAAGGAGGCAACUGGGGCAAGUCUAAAGCUUCUGAGGACAGUGGUUGGAAUCAGAUUUCUGCAGGCAGUGGAAAAGAUGGGCUUGGUAGUUCGUGGAAGGAUGAAAAGAAUGUUAAUGGUGGUUCAUCAACAGGAUGGGGUCAGAGUAAUUGGUUGAAAAGUGAAACUGGAGGGAAUCAGGACUCUACUUGGAGUAACAAAAGCAAUUGGAACUUGGGAAAGGGUUUUGGUGAGAACAGCAAUCAAAAUGACACUUCUAGUGAUGGUGGACGAGGUGGAAGCUGGAGAGGAGGCAGGGGAGGGAGAGGUGACCGUGGUGGCUUCCGAGGUAGGGGUGGGUCGGAUCGUGGUGGUUUUGGAGGUAGAGGUGGCUCUGGCAGGGGCCAUUUUGGAGGUAGAGGAGGAUCUGACAGGGGAGGGUUUGGUGGUAGUGGUGGAUCUGAAAGGGAGGGAUUUCGUGGUAGGGGUGGUUUUAGAGGCAGAGGACGUGGCGAUUGGAAUAACAGAGGUGAUGAUUCAAAUGUGGAUAAAUCCUAUAGCUGGAAUAAAGGUUCAAACAAUGAUGCUGAGGGAUGGAAAAGUUCUGGCAGUUGGGGUGGUUGGAACCAGAGAGACAGUGAGAACAAUCUGCAUCAGAGUUGGAGUGCUCAAAAAGGUGAUGCAUCCCAGGGGGGCAGUUGGAACCGGGGAGCCAAUGACAACAAUCAGCAUCAGGGUUGGAGCUCAAGUUGGAAUCAACCAAAAGGGGAUGCAUCCAGUUCAGUGAAUGCCCGGGCUGGAGGGUGGAGCACAUCGAAUGAUUCUAACAAAGAUGCUGGUCAAAGAGACACUGGAGCCAGUGGUUGGGGAUCAUCUAUUAGUUCUGCAACGGAAGUAUCAACUGGUUGGAAAAAACCAGAAAUAGGUGGCUGCAAUUACAAGUCUGACUGGAACCAUGGAACUGCUUCGAACAACCCUGGGAAUCAAAAUACAUCUGGUCCUACAGAAAUGGGGAAAUCAAAAGAAUCUUGUAAAGUUGAAGGAACUGCUGAUGCGUGGGAGAAACCAGCAGCAAGCCCCUGCGAAGCUGCCCCAGGAAAUAGGAACAUAUCUGAGAACUGGAAGAAAUCAGAAAAUCCUGAUGGUCUGCAGGCUAGUGCGUCUAGUAAGGAUGAAGGACCUUCUGAUUCAUGGGCUAAGGCUGCAACAAGCUCCUGGGGUGAUGGAAGCGGCAAAGCAGGGUGGUGAGAACUUCUAGAGGUAAUUAUUAAUGCCUCUGUUGAUUCUGGCUGAGUGGUGAAUAUAUAUCAUUGCAGGCUCGUGGAAAAUACUGCUGCACCGCCCACUUUUAAUAGAUUAGUUUUUGCGUGUUGGAAUUGACAAACUUAAGUUUACUUGAGCCUUUGAAGAAUUUGAACUAAAACAAGAAAUCUCAUGAUGAUGGUAACAGGGAAAAUUCAGCGAGGUUUUUUGGUUGGUGAUAUGAACCCUGUUGUUAGGAAGGCUAAACGUUUAUGUGACAUGUUAUCUUAUGCUUGCUA